AUGACUGCUGCAACCCAGAUUGGAGCCGAUGAGAUUCAGACGAAUCCGCGGUAUCUGCUCCGCCAGCCGCUUGCGCUGCAGUGGUUCGACAAUGACCGGUUAGUGAAGAGAUGCGACUGCGAACGCCAGGCGGGCCGUUUUGAACUGUUCCUAGACUUGCUCUACGUCGCGAUAGUUGCCAACUUUGCGGAAAACCUGGCAGAGGACGUGUCGGGGGUUCGCCUGGUGAAGUACAUCCUUAUUCUGGCUCCAUCAUGGCACAUCUGGAGUGAUCUCCGCGAGUUGAUGAAUUCCUUUUACAAUGAUGAUCUCCUGCAGCGCGUGCUCAUUCUCUGGGUCAUGGCUCUUCUCGUGGUCUACGGGAACAACGCGGUUCUCGUCGAGGAAGACCUUGGAGCCAUGCAGGCCACGGUGGGAGCGUAUAUCGUCGCUCGCGCAACGACCAACUCGAUGCAUCUCUACUAUUCGUUUUCAAGCUAUCACCAUCGCGCCCAACAGCGACUGUGGUUCGUGCUAUCCGGGUUGGCCCUGUGCAUAUACAUCCCACUGUUCGUCGACUCCUUGUCCUUUCGAAGCAAGAUCGCCGUUGCUGCUGUGGCUGUCUGCGUCGAGGAACUGUGCUGGAUAUUCUGCUACUCUCCCCUGGCGAAGAGGUUACUCAAGGCCAGAUACACGACCGCAGUCGAUAUCCCGCACGAGGUGGAUCGCGUCGCCGCUUUCUACAUCAUCGUUCUCGGUGAAUUCCUGUACCAGAUUGUCGUCGGUUCGCCAGCAGCGGUCGGAUUCAACAUGAAUCUCGUGCACGCCAUUUGGACGCUCGUUAUAGCCUUCUGUCUGAACUGGCUCUAUCUUCACAAUGAUGGUUCUUUGCAAGGCGUCCAUCCCUUGCGCCAUGAUAUCUUCGCUGCCUUCUCAUGGAUCACACUUCACUUGCCCCUGAUCGCUAGUUUGUUGGCUGGUGGCCAUGUCGCGGCUGCUAGCACCAAGAAGAGCUCACUCGACACCGGGGAACGGUGGCUCUUAUGUGGCAGUUUGGGCACUGGCAUGUUUUGCCUUUAUGGCAUUGCCCUGCUUCAUAAGAGUGAAGAUCCUCCUCAGUUAUUAGUUCUGGACAAGCAAUACCGCAUUAUCAUGCGCCCCAUAGUCGGUCUAAUCAUCGUUCUAAUCCCCUUCGCCCACAGACUCAAUCUCACCGAUUUCCUGUCCAUUAUCAUGUCGCUGAUCGUAUUCUGCCUGAUCUGGGAAAAUGUCACAUCGCUGAGAUGUGAUGCGAAGAUCUGGGAGAAGUGGGAGAAUACCUGGCCGCCGGAGAUGAGUGAAGUGGGCUAA